AUGAAUGAAGGAAUAUUUCUCGAGGGAAGGGCGGAGGGACUUCCGGCGGCGGCGGGCCGCAUCCGGCGCGGCAGCUGCCCCCUGGGCCGGCGGCCGCAGUCCGCCAUGAGCCCCCUGCCGGCGCUGGUGGCGCUGGUGGCGCUGGUGGCGCUGGUGGCGCCGGUGGCGCUGGUGGCGCCGGUGGAGCCGGUGGAGCCGGCGGCGCAGACCCCGUGCGCCGCGGCGCGGGACUGCGGGCAGUGCGUCACCACGCCUUCGUGCGCCUGGUGCGCGGACCAGGAAUUGGACGAGAAAUUUGGACAGCUGCGGUGUCGGAGCACCCGGGACAAAGAGUCGCUCGAGAAGUGGUGCAGGAAGGAAUACCUGAUAAACCCAGAGUCCGACAGAACAUCGCUCAUCGAAGACGAGCCCUUCAAGGACUUCAGCGCGGACGAAGGGACAGGUCCGGUGCAGCUCCGACCCCAGCGGGUGAAACUAAGCAUGAGAGUAGGAGAGUUCUCCAACCUGACGAUCAGGUACCGGCGGGCGAGACGGCCCGUGGACGUGUACCUGCUGCAGGACGAGGCGAGCCAUGGCGUCGCGGCGUCGCUGUCCGAGGGUCUGCGGGGCCUGGCCCCCGGACUGAGGGUCGGCCUGGGCAGCUUCCUCGACAAGCCCGCUGCGCCCUUCACCCGGUUUACGGGACAAGGGGUGUUGAGCCAUGAUGGUCAUCGACGCAUGCACAGCUUCAAAAACCACGUGGCGCUCACGGAGAACAUAGAUCUCGUACAGGCGGCCGCCGGGGCGCUGGGGGCGGGCGAGGCCCGGGGAGACGCCCCGCGCGGACUGCUGGACGCCCUGCUGCAGGCGGCGGCCUGCCCGCGCGAGCUGGGCUGGCGUCGCGACGCCCUGCGCCUGCUCGUCGCCGCCACAGAGGCAGACUUCCGCGCGGCGGGGGAGGCCAGGCUUGCAGGGGUGGUGGAGCCUCAUGACGGAGAUUGCCACCUCGACGCCAGUGGAGAUUACACACAUUCUCUUCUGUUCGAUUACCCGUCCAUAUCACAGGUGAAGAAGACGUCGAAAGAAAACAAAAUCAAUGUAAUAAUAGUUUCCCCCGAGGAAUCAGCGGAGCUGUAUCGAAUUUUAGAAGAAUCAGUCGACGAAGUCUCAGUUCUAUCGUACCACGAAACCCAAAAUUUUUCUUCUUAUAUUGCAAGGGAAUACAAGAGGAUCGCCGAGGCAGUGCGGCUGACGGACGACCGGGCAGACCACGUGGACCUGAAGUACUACAGCAGCUGCGGCGGCCGGGAGGUGUCGGAGCGGCACAGCUGCCUCCUGGGGGACUCGGACCAGGAGGUCGUCUUCACCGCCAGGAUCAAGGUGGCGAGCUGCCCGGGGGCGGAGGCCGGGGGCGGCUGGAGGCGGCUCGAGAUCGCGGCCUCGGGGGCGGAGGACCGCCUCGUGGUGGAGCUGGAUGUGGCCUGCGACUGCGCCCGCUGCGACGCCGACCCGCGCCUGAGCGAGGCCAACUCGUCGCGGUGCGGGGCGCGCGGGGACCUGCGCUGCGGAGUGUGCGCGUGUCUGGACGGCCGGCUGGGCGCACACUGCGAGUGCCCCGGCUCCGCCGCCCCGCGGGACAGCCCCGCGUGCCGCGGCGCCGACGGCAGCACGUGCUCGGGCUACGGCGCCUGCGUGUGCGGCACGUGUGUGUGCGCCGCCAGGCCGGACCCCAGCCAGAGGUACUACGGCCGGCUGUGCGAGUGCGACAACUUCUCGUGCAAGCGGCACGAGGGCCGCGUGUGCGCCGACCACGGCGAGUGCAGCUGCGGCAAGUGCACGUGCCAGCCCGGCUGGACGGGCGAGGCGUGCCAGUGCGCCGACACGGCGGAGGGCUGUCGGCGGCCCGGGGAGGCCGCCGUGUGCAGCGGCCGCGGCUCCUGCGAGUGCGGCCAGUGCGUGUGCGCGCGCACCCAAGAAGGACACCACUACUCGGGCCAGUACUGCGAGGAGAGUCCGACCGGACCCGGACUCAAAUGCAAGUUGUUCCAAACAUGCGCCGAGUGCGAAGUCAACAUGGUCCAGUCGUCAUACGAGUGUUUGAACUGCUCCUUCUACAACACCGUUCUGCUGGACGACAUUACAGACGAUGGUUACGACAGCAACGUUGAUAAAAUCUGCCCGGUGUCACGUGAUGAGAACUGUGUAUUUUACUACCGCUACAGGUUUCAGAACGGCUUGUAUCACCUCUGGGUUCAAAAAGAACUGGACUGCAGUCCAAACAUACUAGGGAUCGUGUUCGGCGUGGCGGGCUUCACGCUGCUGGCGGGGCUCGCGGCUCUGCUCGCCUGGAGGCUGCUCGCCGCGGUGCACGACCGGCGGGAGUUCGCCAGGUUCGAGCGGGAGCGCGCCAGGGCCACGUGGCACCAGCACGGCAACCCCCUCUUCAGGCCCUCCACCACCUUCUUCACCAACCCCACCUUCGGCAAGGAGUGAACAUCGGUCGUCCUCUUGUUUCCUCUCAGACAUUGUAUUUUUGCUACAUAAAUCCUGUUAAGAAAAA